AUGGUUCAGGCUUGUUUGCCUUCGGGACUGCAGCUGUCCCCCAGGGAACACUACGUGCUGUGCCGGAUCGUUCGCGCUGAAGGCGACGGGGACAUCGCCCCCUCGGUCAGGUUGAGUCCUGGGGCCGUCGAGGCUGGCUUGAACGCCCUGAAGGCGGCAUCCACGAUCGUAACCGAUGUGAGAAUGGUGGAGAUGGGCAUCUCCAAGGCCUUGCUCAGGGGAGCAGGAGUGGCCACCACUUGCGCCAUCGACCUCCCAGAGGUGGCCGAGCGAGCCCGGAGGGACGGUACUACCCGUUCAGUGGCAGCGAUAAGGGAACUGGCUCCCAGUAUCUCCGGCUCGGUAUGCGCCAUUGGCAACGCCCCAACGGCACUACUGGCCCUGCUGGACCUGAUAGACGCCGGAGAAGUGAAUCCAGCGCUGGUAAUCGGAAUGCCGGGUGGGAUUUGUCGCUUGUGCGGAGUCCAAGGACGAGCUGGUAAAGCGCAACAUUCCAUAUAUCACAAUUCUGGGACGUCGCGGCGGCAGCUCUGCUGCUGCGGCAACUGUAAACGCCCUCCUUGA